UUGUUACUAUGUACAACUUCCAGAAAUACCGCUACAUCUCACCCCCUGGGUGGACCUUAAGCUGGUUUUGGGCCAACAAAGAGGUUAUAUGGAACAUGUUUGGCGGUCAAGCCACCGAGCAAGGAAACUGUUCAAGAUAUAAAACUGCACUAGCUGUACCACAUUGCUGCAAGAAUCCUCCAACUGUUGUCGAUUUAUCACCCGAAGCCCCUUACAAUCAGCAGGUUCCAAAUUGCUGUAAAGGAGGUGUUAUCAGCGUAUGGGGCCUAGAUCCCAACAGUUAUAUCAGCUCAUUCCAGAUUACUGUUGGUGAAUCCGGAAACACCAACUACACGGUGAAGGUCCCCAAAAACUUCACCUUACAUGCACCCGGUCCUGGCUAUAACUGUGGACCCGCUGUAGUCACUAAGCCAACAAGGUUCAUUACUCCAAAUGGCAGAAGAAUCACUCAAGCUAUGAUGACAUGGUAUAUAACAUGUACAUAUUCACAAUUUAUAAUUGGGGUUCCUACUCAUGACCCAGGAAGCUGUGUAAAAAACUCGCCAUAUUUUAGUGGCGGUAAUUGUGUGAUGCCUCCAUCUAUGCCUCCAUCUUAUGCUCCAUAUCAGGAUCUCCCAAAUGCGAGCUCAAGUUUAAGCUUCUCUUUACUUGCUUUAUUAACUGCGUGUUUGUUUGUUUUCUUUGUUUUUGUUUAAUGUUUGAACACCCCUUGAAGAUUUUACAAAUUCAAAUCAUCUUUAAAAUGUUGGUUAAUUCA